CUUGCACUGGAACUAUGAAGUUUAUCCCCAGAUUAGAUGGUGGGCUCCCCAAUUCUAUCUCAGUCUGCCUUGGAGAGAGUCUGAUUGAGAAUGAGCACUAUGUCCUUCCAGGACAAAUCAAAAGUUAGUAUAAAACCCUGAAGUCCUGACAUGUAACUGUCAAGGUCCUAGGAAAAAUCUCCCAAGUCCUUCUGGAUUUGGUGGAGAUCACUCAUAAAGAAGGGAGUUUGGACCCACAUGGUGGUUCUGGUUGGCUCAACUAUUUCCUGGAGGAGACACAGAAUUGGAAGGGGCUUGUUAGGACUUGACAGUGUUGGUGGUCUUGGAUAUGGGGCAAUGGAUCAUCGUUUUGGGCUAUGGUAGGAUUUGGUGGGGCUUGGGGAAGCCUCCUCUGGUGGUGGGGGAGGGGACUUAGGACUUAGGCCUGUGAGGAAAUCUAAAGUGGACAGCUGAAUUUUGCAGGUUUUGAAAAGUGUGAGGUUUGUUUAACAUAAAGGCUUGGACCUAAGGGAACUGAGACCACUUUGUCUGGUUUAUACAAAAUAGGUCUAGUUUAAGAUGGUGUUAUAAUCCAGUGUCCAAUUGUAGGGCCCUGUUGCCCCAUCUCUUAGUUUAUAUUGGGGCCAUGCUGUAUUGCAGAAAAAGAUGAGCCUUUUCCUCUUUAAAGGUUGGGGGUCAAACUUAUCCCAGUUAGUGAGGAUGCAUCCCAGUGGUGAACCCCGGGAACUGCCAUCGGGUUUCCCAUAUGUAAGGGAAUAGCAAAGAGAAGGGGAAGAAGUAGACACAGUAUUCCAAGAGUGUCCCCUUGGAAUGUUGUGUAUCAAGAGGAGAGGUGGCCUUUCUACCUCCUUUGAAGAAUGACCCUUCAAGGAUGUCCCCUCAGGGGAGGCGCACAGCCCAAAUUAGUAUUAUUGCAGCCUGUCCUUUCUUUACUUGCCUCCCCCAAAUUGAGGUGCCCAUGAGGGAGGGAUCUGGUAUAUUUUAUAACCCCUAACGAGUCCCUGAGUGCCAGGAUGUAUGCCCCAGCCUUCAACAUCUAUGUGGUUCCAUUUCCAGAUUUCAUCCCAGGCUCCUCUCAGUUGUUGUUUUUUUUUUUUUUUUAAUUUACAUCCAAAUUAGUUAGCAUAUAGUGCAACAAUGUUUUCAGGAGUAGAUUUCCUCUCAAAAGUAUUAACUCGAGGAGUUGGAAUAGACACAAAGAUUUGCCCUUACCCUCUUAGAAAUAAACUCCCGCUGGAGACUGUGAUUAUCAUGUACCCAACUUGGAUUUAAGUAUCAGAGGCUGAUUGAGACCAUCUUUCCGGAAAGGGAAGGGGAGGGAAACACGUAAGAAGGUGUGAUUUGAGGCAACAACACAGAGGGAGAACUACUGGUUAGAUGAAUCAUCCAGGAGAUUGAAUGAGUAUGAAAAUGGACCGGCCCAGCAGAUGUAGAGGCUUUCACAUAUAUACAGCACGUCCUCGGGGUUUGAGGGGCACAGACUUUGUGAGAGUGAUGGCAGAAGUGGUUUAGGAGAGGAAGAACUAUAGACAGUAACAGUAGUGGCCAAAUUGCAGAGUGAGAGCUGAUCUCCGAGAAAGUAAAUCAGAUAGGGAUCCUCUAGCCUCAACGGGGUGAGGACUGUCUUACCUUGGGCGAUCGGAGUCGCGGCACCAAAAGAUGUUACUGGGGUAAGCUUGCAUGGUGUCAGUGGAAGUCUCAGUUCUUGGAUUCCCCUCGAAAGAUUUAUAGGAGGAUCCGCGCUCGAAUAACGACAGCAGGGAGGUACAAAGCAAGAAGUGGUUUAUUAAACCACCAGUACACGGUCAUAAUGGAGGAGACGGGGGUUGAGGAGUCACCGAGGAUACAGUUUUUUCUAAGUAAGUAGGGUCUUGAGCCAUGCAGGAGGCGGUCUCUAAUGGAAGCUGCCUCACAUCUUUGGGGAGACGCCUCCUACCUGUGGAGGAGAACUUUGACCCUACAAGGUUCCUGCUGGAACUGUCAUGGCGUCACUCCCCACCAGGGGGCGCAGAACCUGUAAUGCAAAUGCCUUAUAAAGCCAGGGGUUACCCUGGGACAGAGGUUGAAGAGGAGAACGCAUGCUCUGCACCUGCUGUCCUUGCUCCGCUAGCCCGGAAAGUUGGAAACCAAAUGUUUGUUGUCUUUCUCUCAUUAAAACUAAGCUCCCACAGGUGAGGGCCUGCCCUCCGUUACCUGUCCUUCCCACUCCUUAAUGCCUAACACGCUGCCUGGCACGGAGUGGGGGGGGGGGGCCAAUCAAAGGCCGUUGGAUGAAUCAGUUCAGCUGCUAAAUCCGCGCGAGCGCGGAAGAGGACAGACCCUGGUAAGGCCUGAAAGGGUACGAGCAGGAGGAACCUGACGCCAGGGGGAGCAGGAACCCGCACUCUCCAGAUCUCGCGGAACUUCGCGCGCGCGCGCGUGGCCAAGUCGCGGAUUCUGUUUCUGACGCAAGCGCGUGGCGUGAGGAAGGAGCCACCCUAGCACGCGCGGCCUCGCCUGUGGCAUGGGAGUUGCUUCCGGGUUGCGCGCCCGGAAGUAGGAGGUUGGCGGCUUACCCUCCUCGCCCCGAGGCUGAAGUCCCCGAGGCGGGAGGAGCCCGAGGGGGCGCGGGCCCCGCUUGGAUUUUGUAUUGGAAGACAUGGAUCUUGCUGCCAAUGAGCUCAGCAUUUAUGACAAACUUUCAGAGACUGUUGAUUUGGUGAGACAGACAGGCCAUCAAUGUGGCAUGUCAGAGAAGGCAAUUGAAAAAUUUAUCAGACAGCUGCUGGAAAAGAAUGAACCUCAGAGGGGACCACCCCAGUAUCCUCUCCUUAUAGCCGUGUAUAAGGUCCUUGUAACCCUGGGAUUAAUCUUGCUCACUGCCUACUUUGUGAUUCAACCUUUCAGCCCAUUACCACCUGAACCGGUGCUUUCUGGAGCUCACACCUGGCGCUCACUCAUCCAUCACAUUCGGCUGAUGUCCUUGCCCAUUACCAAGAAGUAUAUGCCAGAAAAUAAGGGAGUUCCUCUGCAUGGGGGUGAUGAAGACAGACCCUUUCCAGACUUUGACUCUUGGUGGGCAAACAGUUGUGAGCAGAAUGAGUCGGACCCCAUCCCUGCCAACUGCAGUGGCUGUGCUCAGAAAUUACUCCUCAAGGUGAUGCUCCUGGAAGACACCCCGAAGAAAUUUGAGAGACUCCAUCCUCUGGUGAUCAAGACGGGCCAGCUCUUGCUGCCAGAGGAGCUUCAGCAUUUUUUGUGCCAGUACCCGGAGGUGGCAGAGGGCUUCCCCGAAGGGCUUUUCACCAAGUGGUGGCGCUGCCUUCCUGAGCGGUGGCUCCCAUUUCCUUAUCCAUGGAGAAGACCUCUAAACAGAUCACACAUUUUACGUGAGCUUUUUCCUGUUUUCACCUACCUGCCAUUUCCAAAAGAUGCCUCCAUAAAAAAGUGCUUCCUUCUUCAACCGGAACCUAUUGUGGGUAGUAAGAUGCAUAGAAUGCAUGACCUAUUUAUCAUUGGCAGCGGCGAGGCCAUGUUGCAGCUCAUCCCUCCCUCCCAGUGCCGAAGACACUGCCAGUCCGUGGCGAUGCCGCUAGAGCCAGGGGAUAUUGGCUAUGCCGGUGCCACCCACUGGAAGGUCUACGUUACAGCCAGAGGGGUCCAGCCUUUGGUCAUCUGUGAUGGAACCACCCUCUCAGAACUAUAGGAAACAAGAACUGUACAGAGGAACAACUUUGAGGUCCGAAGACCAGAUCGAAAGGGGAGAAAUAAAAACAGAAACGAGGAAA